AUGCCAUCAAGGACACCCUCCAAUCUUACGUUUAAACAACAGAUGGAAGGAUUCCCAUGGCCACAAAUACUUGUUGUGUCCAUUGUACGAUUUAGCCAACCAAUUGCAUUUACCUCUUUAUUUCCAUAUGUUUAUUUUAUGGUAAAAGAUUUUAACAUUGCACCCAAUGAAGCUCAAGUAUCCAGAUAUUCAGGUUAUUUGUCUGCAACAUUUUCUUUAUGUAAAUUCUUAGCCGCAUACCAUUGGGGAAGAUUUUCUGAUGAAUAUGGUAGAAAGUUAACCGUUAUUCUUGGUAUGCUGGGAACCUGCAUAUCUCUAUUAAUUCUUGGAUUUUCCAAACAUUUUUAUCAGGCAAUGAUUGCUAGAUCAAUGAUGGGUCUUUUGAAUGGUAAUAUUGCUGUGAUUAGAACAAUUGUUGGUGAAUUAACUACAGAAGGAAGACAUCAAGCAAUUGCAUUUAGUACCAUACCUUUAUUAUUCCAAUUCGGAACUGUUAUUGGGUCUAUAAUUGGUGGGUUUUUAGUUUUCCAUAAGGAUAAUGAUAAUACUAUUUCUAUCCCUAAUUGGUAUCCUAAUAUAUUAAAAGAUUUGAUUUCUAAAUAUUCAUAUUGUUUACCCAACAUUGUGAUAUGUUUCUUAUUAAUGUUUGGCAUAUUGAAUGCUAUUUUUUUCUUGGAAAAAACUCAUCCAACAUUAAAAUAUCGUUNNNAAGAUUAUGGUAUUAAAGUAAGCGAUUUAUUUAAGAGAUAUAUUUUAUGUAUAACUCCUAAAAGAAGAGAAUGGGAUCAGCUUUUAAGUAUUGAAGAAGAUUUCCAAGAAACUAUUAAUAAUAGGAAGAUUCAAGAAUAUGAGGAUUUUGAAAAUGAUAGAAAAUAUCCACUCAGAUUGAAACCUACAAAAGAAAUUUCUUCUAUUUCAAUGAAAAGCUUUACAUCUACUGAAAUGGAACAGUCACCAAGUACCCUAGGUGAAACACAUAGCAUCCCAGAUGAAGAAACUUCAAUGUUAAUAAUGACAUCUGAUGGGUGUUAUGAGAAUAGUAUGUGGCAUCAUAUUUUCCAUACUCCUGUAUUUUACCCAAUCUCAAUCAAUUUUAUUCAAGGAUUAUACCUGAUUGUUUAUAACGAGUUUUUACCUGUGUUUUUAGCUUAUGAUUUGGUCAAGGAUUCACAUGAUCCAACUAGACUAGCUUCCAAAUUCCCAUGGAAGAUCACAGGUGGGAUUGGUAAUACUCCAGAGCAAACAGGUACCAUUUUAUCAUCAACAGGGAUAUUCGGUUGCUUUGUUGUCAUACUGAUACUUCCUUAUGUUUCAAGAAACUAUGAUUGUUUAAAAAUAUUCCAAUUUUUAACUAAAUUGUAUCCAAUCAUGUAUAUCAUGGUACCAUACGUUAUUUUCUUACAAGUCGAUUCCAUACCGAGAUGGGUUACUAUCAUAUAUCUUUAUUUAAUUACAUGCAUCAAGACACUUUGUGGAUCAUUGUCGGCACCACAAAUUAUGCUAUUAGUGCAUCAAAAUUCUCCUUCAAAUAUCCGUGCAUCCAUAAAUGGUGCAUUUAUUAGUAUAGCAGCAUUAGCAAGAUUUGUAGGACCAUUAUGUUGGGGUACAAUCAUGGCAUGGUCACAACAGAACGAUUUGGCUUGGGUUAGUUGGUGGUCAUUGGGCUGUUUUUCCAUGGUUGCAUUAUAUCAAAGUUAUAAGAUUACUCCAAUUGAUUAG